UUAAAACCUUAAUAAAAAUUAUAUGUAAAACACCAAGGUCUCUGGGCUCAGACCUAGUUUGCAGUGACAUAGCUAAAUGCACCAAGAAGGUUGGAAUUGUGGGUAAAUAGGGGACUCCUUAUGGUGCCUCCCUCAGGAAAAUGGUGAAGAAGAUUGAAAUAAGCCAGCACACCAAGUACACUUGGUGCAAAACCAAGAUGAAACAACGAGCUGUGGGGAUCUGGCAUUGUGGCUCCUUCAUGAACACCAUAGCCAGUGGAGCAUGGACCUACACCACCACCUCGGCCAUCACGGUAAAGUCAGCCAUCAGAAGACUAAAGGAGUGGAAAGACCAGUAGAAGCUCCACCAUUUGAAACAUUGCUAGCCUACAAUAAAUGGGUUAAUUUUUGUAACAAAAUUACUUUGGCUUGUUGUUAAAUUUAUUAAUUAGAUCUUCCGAUUUGCAUUGCAUUAAUUUUGCUUCUCAAAAGACUUGGAAAUUAAAAAUCCUUCUAAUUUUUGUUGGAAAAAAAAAUAAAAAUAAAUAAA